GGAAGAAAAAAGAGUCCUUUCCGAGAGCCUGAAACGAAAGGCGAAAGAAAAAAGAAAAGAACCCUAAAUUUUUAGCUUUCUAGCAGCUUUUCAAUCCCGGUGCCACCGGAAUCAUGAGGGGAACGAAACGGUUCGCUUCAUCAGAAUCUGUGGAGGAUACGAACGAUACAGUUGUCAACAACAAAAGAAUAUUGGCGGGAUCUCUUUUUGAUGUUCAUAGGGCAGAACCAUCCCAACAAAAAUCAUUGGCAGCACCAGUUUUGGAUGUGCAACGGGCUGAAUUGUCUCGACAGCAUGUCAGAGCUCUCAAUACCCAGUUUGCAAGUUGGGUGCAAACACAGUUGAUAAAUCAUCCCGAUGAACUAUGGGAAGAUGGUGUUCGAGACUACGUUCUUCAUGCUUCUAACAUUAUGGAUGAGUUCAGGGACAUUGUCAGCUGGCUCAAAGCAAAUGUAGCUAAAGCAGGAACUUUGACUGCAUCUGAAUCUCUUACCAGUGGAGAAAAGCUUGUGGCUGAAACUACGAACAAAGAAACGACAUUAGUAAAGGAGAAAAGUGGGUAUACUCCAGUGAGUAGCAAUGCAAGCUUUACAGCUUCAUGGAGCUCUGGAGUUUUCUCCAGCAGCCAAAGUUCUGGACCAUCCUCAAACAGUCAUAGUGCCGGAUCGUUCUCCAACAGUCAAAGCUCUGGAAUGUUCUCCAACAGUAAAAGUUCUGGAUUCUUCCCUAAUAAUCAAAGCUUUGGAUUGUUCUCAAACAAUCAAAGCUCUGGGGGAUUCUCAAACAGUCAAAGUUCAGGAUUGCUCUCCAAUGGUCAAAUCUCAGGAGGGUUCUCCAAUACUCAAAGCACUGGACUAUUCUCAAACAGUCAAAGCUCGGGCUUGUUCUCCAACAAUCAAAGCUUCGGAUUGUCAUCCAGUAACAACAAUCAAAGCUCUGCAGCAUCGUCCAGUACUCAAAGCUCUGGAUUAUUCUCUUUUAGUCAGAGCUCUGGAGUAUUCUCCAACAGUGGUAGCUCCACAGCAUUAUUUAACAGUCAAACACCUGUCUCAUUCGGAAGUACAAGCUCUGUUCCCAUAAACACUAAUGCAUCAGAUGAUGGCGAGGAUGAAAAUGAUUUGCAGCGGCCAAGCAGUCCAUCUGUAAAGAAGGCUGAAGAAAAGGGCAUUGUUGUAGUCCAUGAAGUUAAAUGCAAGCUCUAUGUCAAGUCAAGUGACCCGACAGAUAAAGACACAUGGAAAGAUAAAGGCACAGGUCAGCUUUCCAUUAAAUGCAAGGAGGAAGUUAGCAAGGGCACAAAAGAAUCCAACCCAACAAUUGUUGUUCGAAACGAUGUGGGAAAGUUGUUGCUUAAUGCUUUGCUGUAUUCAGGAAUCAAGACAAGAUUACAGAAGAAUUCUCUAGUAGCUAUAUUUCAUACUUUGGAUGAUAAUGGUGGCAAUGACAGUGUUGUGGCACAUACAUUCUUGAUUAGGACGAAAACAGCGGAGGAAAUAAACAAGCUAGCAACCGCCAUCCAAGAAUAUGCACCUUCAUUAUGAUAAGUAUCUAUCACUGCAACAUCUUGUAACCUUGAACUCUGACAAAUGUGAUUUAGUUUUGGAAAAUUUUCACUUUUCCUUAUAUGUAUUCACCGAAAUAUCUCCAUACCUUAUAUUGCGAUGAAGCCAGACAGAAAGUUUAUUUAGCUGGUGUGGGGACUAAAAAUAAUCGGGGAAAUUUUCUUGAUACCCGGCUACAUGAAAUUGUGGUCUAGAGGAGCUGCAGUACUGGUACCAUAUGAUAGUGAAAUGAUUUCAUGAAGCUAUGAAAAGUAUAAACAAAAAUUCCUUCAUGAGUUUAAUGAUCAUUUCCAGUUGGCUGUUUGAUUGGCUCUCUUAUGAUUA